AUGACACAAGGUUUCCAGACUGUUAAGAGGGCUAGAAAAGCUGGUACAGCUGUAGCUAAGUCAGCUGCAGCAGAUCGACUAUCAAAUGUGAAGUUGAGCACAGAACAGGCCAACUUGAAACUCAAAAUCAUGGAAUUUACAAGGGAUCACCUGAAGUCUUAUAAAAAAGGUGAUAAGCCUGCGAUGUUUGUGAUCCAGGGUGAUGCAGGUACUGGUAAAUCUGUCAUCUUAAACUCUUUGUUUAAUGAAAUUCAAAAGGCCAGUACUACAUCAGGAGAUGCAUUAUUGGGCACUUCGAAUUAUUUGAUUGUUAACCAUCCGGAGAUGUUAAAACUUUACUUAAAUAUUUGCAAAAAGUUUCCCUACAUCUCGAGAAGCUGCUUGGAACGUCCUACAUCUUUGAUCAACAAGCUGCAGAAGGAUCAUUCCUUGGCGGAUGUUGUCAUUGUAGAUGAGGCACACUUGUUGGCGACUUCCAAGGAUGCUUUUAAGAGAUUUUAUGGUCAAAACCAUUUACAAGAGUUGAUGGAGCUUGCUAAAGUGUUGAUCAUUGUCUAUGAUGAAAAACAGGCCUUGAGAAUGGGAUGCUUUUGGGAUGAAGGGUCCGGUAAUGGUGCUAAUUUACAAACGUUCUACGAUCAAGUUCCUGAUGAACGUAGGGAUUGGUAUAGACUGAAGCAACAGUUCCGUGUCGCUGCACCUCCAGACGUCUUACAAUGGAUUGAAGACAUUAGUGUCAAGGGAAUUAUACCCAAAUAUCCACAAAAAUCUGAACAAUUCGAUUUUAAAAUCUGGGAUGAUUGCGGCGCUAUGUUCGAAGCAUUAAAGGAACAUGAUACUAAUCUUGGUCAAUGUAGAAUGUUGGCCACUUACGAUUUCCCCUACAGACUUGACGGUAAAGAUUAUUACGUUACUUGUGGUGAUAAUUUCAAAGUUCGUUGGGAUCGUUAUACUCCCAAGUCCGUCUUACCUUGGAGUGAAAGACCCGAUACCAUCGAUGAGGUUGGUAGUGUCUAUACUAUCCAAGGUUUUGAUUUGAAGUAUGCCGGUGUUAUCCUUGGUAGAUCUAUUGGUUAUGAUGCUGAAAACGACUGUAUCAAAUUGAAGCCAGAGAUGUACGAUGACCAUGCUGGAUUCACCAAGAAGAAGAAUAUUAAAGACGCUGCUAUGGUCGAGAAAAAAAUUAUCAUGAACAGCUUAAACGUCUUGUUGACUAGAGGUGUUAAUGGUUUGUAUGUAUACGCAUGGGACCCUGAACUUCGUCAAAGAUUGGCAGAAUCACGUAAAUGA